CAAUCAUUUAAAUACCCUGCAAAACACAGACUGACACAAUCAGAGUGAUUUGGUCCUAUAAUCCAGAAGAUCCAGACGGUACAACAGCAGUAUAUCAUGGUCCUGUUCGACGAGGUGUUAAAUCCAUCGUUUUCAUUGGUGGUACAGCGUCUUAUGCGGACUUCAGUAUCAUGCCAGAUAACACACAAUCGAUGGAUUUUCUAGCCGACGAGGUCCUUGUACCGGGCGACCGGGAUACAACCUACUGGUGUUCACAUAUUGAGCUUCCGGUGUUACAGGAACGACAACACGUUAUUCGGAUUGAUCCAAUUAUUCAAAAGGGGAAUGAGGGCGUUGUUCACCAUUUCCUCUUGAGGGAAUGUCAGUCAGGGCUGCACGAUGUAAUAAAAAAUAAUAUGAGCCUCGACUGUGAGAAUGAAAUUAUGUUUGAAUUUAGUAACUGCAAAAAACUUGUCUACGGUUGGGCGAUCGGAGGAGGGCCUUUAGAAUUUCCAGAUCACGUUGGUUACAGUAUUGGUGGACCGGGCUCUCCACGGUACUUACAACUUGAGGUCCAUUACGAUAACCCACAACUUAUAGAAGGUAUUCGUGAUGUCGCUGGCAUACGAUUCUAUUACACACCGGAUAUUCGUCCAUUUGAGGCCGAUAUGAUGGAAGUUGGUAUCACUACAUUUUCACCUUGGAUAAUACCGCCAGGUGUGACGGACUUCAAAGCAUAUGGUGUUUGCGACAGUAUCUGCUCCGAUGCGAUGUUUGCGGACGGUGAUAUAAAAAUAUUUAGUGUACUGCUUCACGCCCAUCUGGUCGGGACUGCCAUUCGGUUGAGCCAUUACAGGGAUGGUAAGUUUAUCGGCGAUAUUGUACGAGACAAUCUCUACGACUUCAAUCUUCAGGAACAAAGAAUUUUGAAAGAAGACUGGAUAGUCAAACCAGGCGAUGAGCUAUUGGUCGAAUGUACAUAUAAUACAGCCACAAGAGAUAGAGCCACGUUUAGUGGUUUGAGUACUAAGGAUGAGAUGUGCGUAGCUUUCUUGCUCUACUAUCCGAGGGUUAAUGCUCUAGAAUGUGGAAGUGCACCUGAUCCAAUGACACUAGCUGAGUUCCUUAAUGUCGACAUUUCACCAGCGGAUUCAUUUCAUGAAGUUAUAUAUGGUCUUGACUGGACGAAAGAAAGAAAGAUGGCCAGUGCAGACUGGUAUAAAAAAUCUAACCAUAUGAUGACAUGUACCAAUAGCUCUGAAUACCCUUUUAUUGGUGAAUACAUCCCACAUGGUCCUCCUUCAAGCAUGGAAAUGGAAUCUCUGGGUUAUCUGGUAGAAGAACUAAACAAUCAAGUUGAUGAAACAAAAUGCAGCUCUUCAGCAGUGCAACAGCUAGCAACAUGGUUCACUGUUACCUUAUCCAUGAUCAUCACAGUUUAUGUCUUUUAAGCCGACUUCCUAUUACAGUAUUAAAACAAAUGCUGAUUCAGCAUUGGUCGCAUUACCUCUUUAAAUGACAAUACUGCUGAUCUUAUUUUUCUUUCUGACAGUGGUGGCGCCAGGAUUUUCCAGGCGGGGUGGUGGGUGGGGGUGGGGGCGAUGUCCCUGACGAAAAAAGGUGGGCGUGGUCGGACAUCGCUUAAAAUCUCGAAAGUGUUCCAUGGGGGCGAAGCCCCGAAAAAUGCGACUAAUCGUGGUUUUCCUCC